AUGGCUUUCUCGUCGUUUGGCACAUGGUUCGCGAGAUUAUGCAACUGCAAACGUCCUUUGCACGAGGCCGCGGCAUACACACCCAAGAAAUGCGUGCCUGACACGACAGGAAAUCCGCGCUGUCAAGCAACGAAGCCGAGUCAAGUUCAGGAGGCAGUUUACAUCGACAAGAUGACAACAGUUCCUGCAGACCUCUACAAGAAGAUGGUGGUUGCCGGGAGCCGUGCCCGAGCCCGUGGUCAACACUCCUUAAAGGCAAAGCCAAGAACUUCUGACCCGAAGCAACCUAGCCGCACCUUCGAGCCAAGCCUUGUGCGGAACAAAUCUUACUACGGCUAA